AUGUGUCCCCCAAACACUCCUUACCAAUCCCAAUGGCACGCCUUCCUGCACUCCCUCCCAAAGUGCGAACACCACGUACACCUCGAAGGCUGUCUCGAGCCGCCUCUGAUCUUUUCUAUGGCACGCAAAAAUAAUGUAUCUCUCCCCUCUCCGUCCUCAAACCCAGCCUAUACCUCUGUUGAAACCCUCAGCAAGCGGUAUGGACAUUUCAGCUCCCUUGACGACUUCUUGUCUUUCUACUUUAUAGGGAUGACGGUCCUCAAGACACAGAGCGACUUUGCAGAGCUUGCGUGGACGUACUUCAAGCGGGCACACGCGGAGGGCGUUCACCAUACCGAGGUGUUUUUUGACCCGCAGGUGCAUAUGGAGCGGGGGUUGGAGUACAGAGUUAUUGUUGAUGGGUAUGUGGACGGUUGUAAGCGGGCAGAGAAGGAGCUGGGAAUCUCUACGAGGUUGAUUAUGUGUUUUCUGAAACAUUUGCCGCUGGAGUCGGCACAACGGCUCUACGAUACAGCGCUAAACGAGGGUGAUUUGGGGCUGGAUGGCAGGAAUCCCGUCAUUCAUGGCCUUGGGGCUUCGAGUAGUGAAGUCGGACCGCCGAAGGAUUUGUUCAGGCCUAUUUAUCUCGGUGCAAAGGAGAAGAGCAUCAACUUGACUGCGCAUGCGGGAGAAGAGGGAGAUGCUUCUUAUAUUGCUGCAGCAUUGGAUAUGGGCGCUACGCGGAUUGACCAUGGGAUUCGGCUUGGGGAGGACCCAGAGCUGAUGGAGAGAGUUGCGAGGGAGGAGGUGCUGUUGACUGUUUGUCCGGUAUCGAACUUGCAAUUGAAGUGUGUCAAGUCUGUGGCUGAGGUGCCGAUUCGAAAGUUCCUGGACGCUGGAGUGAGGUUCAGCAUCAACAGCGACGACCCAGCGUACUUUGGGGCUUAUAUCCUGGAGUGCUAUUGUGCGGUGCAGGAGGCCUUUAACCUGAGCGUGGCGGACUGGAGGCUUAUUGCGGAAAAUGGUGUCAAAGGGAGUUGGAUUGGGGAGGAAAGGAAGAACGAGCUGCUGUGGAGGAUUGAUGAAUGUGUCAAGAGGUUUGAGGGUGUCUUAUAG